AUGGACAGCGACGACGAAGAUAUAGGUCCAAGACCGCCUCCAGCAGCCGUAGAGACCAGCAGCAGCACCACCAUGACUGCUCCAGCUGCUCCAAAGGAAACUCGCGCAGGAGGAGCAUACAUCCCUCCUGCCAGACUACGACAAAUGCAGGCAUCCAUCACCGACAAGAGCAGUCCCGAAUACCAACGAAUGACUUGGGACUUGCUCAAAAAAUCUAUAAACGGUCUCGUUAACAAAGUAAACAUGACAAACUUUAAAAAUCUAGUCCCGGAGCUGUUCAACGAAAACUUGCUGCGAGGUCAAGGGCUACUAUGUCGUAGUCUCAUGAAGGCUCAGGCCGCUUCCCUGCAGUUUACUCCUGUAUUCGCUGCCAUGGCUGCCAUUGUAAAUACCAAGAUCCCCUCUGUUGGUGAAUUAUUGAUUUCUAGGCUCGUCAUUCAGUUUAGGAGAGCAUUCAAACGUGGUGACAAGCCUGUUUGUCUUGCUACCUCUAAAUUCAUAAGUCAUCUGGUUAAUCAAAAGGUCGCUGAUGAUAUGCUUAUAUUGGAGUUAUUGUCUACUCUUCUCGAACGACCUACUGACGACUCUGUAGAGUUGGCUGUGGGCAUUGUAAGAGAAGUCGGUGCUCAUCUAAUGGACUAUAAUCCGAAAGCAUUGAAUUUUAUAAUGGACUCCUUGAAAAAAGUGCUCAACGAAGGUGAUAUUGAUAAACGAACACAGUAUAUUAUCGAAGUCGUAUUCGUAGUACGCAAGGAGAAAUUCAAGGAUAAUGAAGCCAUUCCAUCUGAACUGGAUCUAGUAGAAGAAGACGAUCAAAUCACCCACCAGAUCGAAUUGGACGACACCACUCUCGAUGCCAAGGAGAUAAUAAAUGUAUUCAGCUACGAUAAGGAUUAUGUCAAACAUGAAGCCGAAUAUGCUGAAUUUAGAAAAGAAGUAUUAGGUGAUGACGAUGAUGAAGAAGGAGAAGCUGGUGAAGGUGGUGCAACUGCACCCGACCAGGACGAUAGUGAUGAAGAACACGAAGGGCAAGAGACCAAUGCACUGAUGGCCGCUCAGCAUAAACUCUUGAUUCAGGAUCAAACCAAUACCAAUCUUAUAAACUUGCGUCGUGGUAUAUACCUGACCAUUAUGUCAUCGCUCUCGUUUGAAGAAUGUACCCAUAAACUUAUGAAACUGGGUAUUGAAGAAGGCCAGGAGAUUGAGUUAGCAAACAUGAUUAUAGAGUGCUGCUCUCAAGAACGUACCUAUCUCAGCUUUUAUGGGCUCAUGGGUGAGCGAUUCUGUAAAAUUGGUCGUGUAUGGGCUGAAACGUUUGCUUCUUGCUUUGAAGAAACGUUCAAGACGAUACAUCGAUUCGAGACAAACCGUAUCCGUAAUAUCGGCAAAUACUUUGCUCACUUGCUAGCCUCCGACGCAUUGACUUGGAAUGUCUUCGCCUUGAUCAAGUUGACGGAACAAGAUACGACAUCUGCAUCACGUAUCUUUAUAAAAAUAAUCUUUCAGGAAUUAGUAGAAGCUCUGGGACUCAAGAGGUUAAACUCUCGUCUCAAAGAUCCCAUGCUGGUAAUCCAAGUACCCACUGCACAUGGUCCGAUCAUCCGAGGUGUAUGUGAUGGACUCUUCCCUCGUGAUAAUCCUCGUAAUACCCGAUUUGCAAUCAAUUACUUUACGUCUAUUGGUAUGGGUGGUCUGACUGAAGAGCUGCGAGAACAUUUGAAGAAUGCUCCUAAACAGAUUAUGGCACAACAACGAGCUGCUGAAGCUAGUGAUUCUGAUUCAAGUGAUUCAGAUUCUGAUAGUGAAUCGUCGUCAUCAUCAUCUUCGUCGUCAUCGUCAGAAGACGAGUCUCCACCACCAUCGAAAAAAGCACGUGUAAAUGGUCGUGAUAGCAGAAAAGACGACAGGAACGAUACUAGGGGUAGCGGCAGACGUGAAACCAAUGAUAAACGAACAAGAAAUGACAGUAGUAGGGAUCCUCCCCUGAAACGAGACGGAGGCGAGUACAAUGGCAACAGUGCCAGUAAACGAGAUGAACAUGGCAGAGGAGACGACUAUUCUCGUGACAGCCGAAGAGACCCACCUACACGUGAUAAUCGACGAGACGAAUACGACAACCGUGAUAGAGAUGAACCAUAUCGAAGACCAGUAAACGAUGAUAUCCGAAAUGGUCGUGACGACAGGGAUUCCUAUCGUAAUUCUAAUAGGGAUUAUGAUGACCGUAGUAGGAAUUAUGAACGACGUGGUGGUGAUGACCGGUCAAAAGAAGACAAGAGAAGGAGGCCUGAUUCUUCUGAUGACGAUGACGGCCCAUCGAGAGGAAGAAGAGGAGGAGGGGGUGAAUCACCGAGAGACAAGAGGCCUCGGAGAGAGUGA